GGUGACAGUUGACAAAUGCGCAAGAUCAAGAAGACGGCAACACCCGCCAUAGAAUCGUCCGAAAUAUAUUUCGAGUUUGUCGGACAUAUGUCUCUCCCAGUGGUCGUUUGAGAAUGCGCUAACGUUUGAUAUAAUUUCUAUAUAUGGUUAAUGUCAGCUAGUAUCAAAAGAACACGAUUUUAUCCCAUAAGUAGUGCCUGACUCGGGCUUGUUGGGGAGUUGCGGCCAUUAUUGUAAACAAAGCGGCCUCCCUCAGUCAAUAUCGAGUUGGUGCUCAGACUCCGACGUCCGCCCAACAUUUUCUUGUCAUUUCCGCGUGCGACGAUGUCCAGUCACUCCUGACAGCGUUCCUGCCGAAGUCCUGGUGUCCGAAUUUCGUCUGCGCAGAAAUCCAACCAAAAUGGGGGAUGGCAUGCUUGCUUUGACGUGGAACAACCACAGCACAACGUUUUUCAAGACGCUCUCAACAGUCAGAUUAAGGGAGCGCUACACGGAUGUUACACUUUCGUGUGAAGGACGGUUUUACCAGCUGCACAAAUUGGUGCUUUCAACCUGUAGUGAAUAUUUUGAAAAGAUAUUUGAACAGACUCCCUGCAAGCAUCCUGUAAUAGUGCUCAGGGAUGUGAGUUGUGACGAACUGGAGGCUCUCUUGAAUUAUAUGUACUUGGGCUCAGUGAGUGUUGCGCAAAAUGAUCUCUCGAGACUCAUCAAAGUGGCAGAACUGUUUCAGAUCAAGGGUUUGGCCGUCCCUGACGAGCCUCCCAAGGCAGUUGAAAACAACAGUCUGAGUAAGAGAAAUGACACUAGGGACAGAAGCAACAGUUACAGAAAUUCACAGCCUGAAUCCAGUAGAACUAGAACUUGUGCCAGUGACAGUUCCGACACACCAGUGCCAAAGCGUGCUCGAACUAGUGAAAAUUAUAUGGGUUCCGAACAUGCGUCACAAACUUCCAGUAGUGUUUUGCAUAGUAACGAAUUACCCAAGUUAGAAGACAGAAGUCGAUCUCAGGGGAGCAUAGGGGACAGUGCUGCGCACGAAGGACCCGAUAUUAGAGCGUCUCCUGGCAUUCAGACUCCACCCUUUGAAUUUAAGAUAAAGGAAGAAGUUCGUGAAGAAGAUUCAGAUUCGGAAGAUCCAGGUUCGUCAUGUGCAUAUGAUGCAAUGAAUGAAUCUGACAUAGGUGGAUCAUAUGAACCACGUCGUGAAGAAUCACAAUCCAACCUCAUAAUUCUUCCAAAAACUGAGCCUGAGGACAUCCCACCAGAUGAAUCUUCUGUCACCCAACCUGGUUUAGAUCAAGAAACGUAUAGUGAAAAUGUCCUUGGGGUACCAGGGCCUUCAGAUGCCCAAGGGUGGUAUUCUGAAGGAGAUGCUUCAGGUGGCUUGCCUGGGGACAAGGGGAGCAUUGGUGACGAAAGUCAAGACAUGCACUCCUUGUUUGCGUCUCAGCAGCAGCCACAGCAGCAGCAGCAGCAGUCUCAGCAGCAGAUGAUGUCAUCAGUCACCCCUCAAGAUUUUUUUGUCCAAGACAGCAAGACCAAAGUGUUCUAUUGCACUCAGUGUUCUUAUGCCACAGAUUACAAAGGAAAUUGUAAAACCCACAUGCUGGUUCAUACGCGAGAGAAACCCCACCAUUGCAGCUACUGCCAAGAUUCAUUUUCGCAGAAAGUAACUUUGAUGCGUCACAUGAGAAGGCAUACAGGAGAGAAACCCUAUCAGUGUCUCAAAUGCAAUUUUAGAACAGCACGGAAAAGUACUUUGCAAACUCAUGUUUUUAGAAGGCAUUCUAAUGUUUUGAACCAGUUUGGUAACAAUGUAGCAGAAAAUAUUGAGUCCCUUGAUGCUCCCAGAGAGUCAGACAUUUUUAGUGUUUAGAGGUCAUUACUGAGUUAUACAGUUGAUUAUGUUCACAUUAAGCACAGACUUAUUCUAAAGAUAUCUUGCUUUGCCCAUGUUGGUGAAUUAUACCAAUUUCGUAAUGUUAACUUAUUAAUGGCAGUUAACUAGCAGGUAUAAUAACCUACUUUUGGGAUGACCCUCACUUGUUUGACCUUGUAAAGCAGUGAUUUGAUUCCUUACAAAUGCAUUUAGUAAAUAGCUUAUCACAAUUACAUUGAUAACUUUUUCAAAAUAUGUUAACAAACUAAGAAAGCUCUGGCAGAAUUUAUUUGAAAGCUCAGUGAUCUUACGUUAUUUCCUGAUUAGAAAUCCUUUGCAUGUGUAAAGCAAUGGUUCAUACUUAAUAUGAAGAGAAACAUUUAAAAUUUUUGUUAUUGCUACAAAUAAAUAUUUAAAUGAGACUUCCGUUAAUUUCUUACCAGUUUGCUACAGGUGUGUGUGCUUUCAAGGCACAAACAGAAAAGGUUGGCACCAGCAAGAUGGGUCAGGGUCACUUCCCAGUAAAUUUAACAUAAUGCAUACUGCACUGCCUCUAUUAUUAAGACAAAAUGGAUACAAGAAUUAGUCGUACUCGCCAAAAAAAGUGAAGCAAAGGAUCUGUAGAGUAAGGUUUUGAUUUAUGAACUGGGAGUCAUGCACUCAAUUUCAGUCAUAGGCCUUUGAGAGCCUUGUCUGUUUCAGAGCCAAAGAUGUAAGUGGUAUUUCGCUUUGUUCACUUGUUAGUAAAGUUACUGUUCAUGCUAUGUUACUCAUUCUGAUAUAAUUCUUAAGUAGAAUACUUGUAGUUUAUUGUGGUUUGUUAAAAAAAAGUAAACAAGACAAAUGUGAAAUUAGUUCAGUUGAAAUUUGUCAAAAACAAGGUGUCAGCAUUUUAAGUGAUCCAGAGGGUUGGUAAAUCUCGGCUGUCAAGUUCCUUAUAGUGAAAAGAUCGUGAGAUUCAUCUAUCAUGUAGGUUACUGUGUAGGAUUCAAGUUCAUUUUCUAAUGCAAUGAUAGCAUUUAAGGAAAUAUUUUAUCAUCACAUGAUUUUGAUUAGAUAACAGUUGUAAGAAAAUGGAAGGUACAAAUAGCAAGUGCUUGCUGCCAUAUAAAAUAGAUAAGUAUUGCGGUGAUAAUGCAGCUGUUCAUGUAUACGUAUGUUACAUUUAUGCUUUUCUUAAUCGGGUGUUAUUUUGUAACUUAAACCUUAAAGGCAUCCUGUUUAGUGAAGCACAUUUCGAGGCUACUAAGUAAUGUUGGAGUCAAAAGGGCGACUGUUUUUGUUCUAGAAAUAUACAGUUGUUUUGGUUUUUCAUUAAUUUGUUGAGUUUAUUAUAGUACAUAUAUUGAUGGUAUUAAAGGAAAGAUAUGUAUAAUUGUUUUUGUGAUGUUUGAUACUAAAUUGAUCAAGAAUUUAAUAGAUUAUGACCUUUUUAGGUUUUUGGAUAGUAUGUGGCUGUCAAAUUGUUACAGGGAAAAUGGAACCCAACUUGAUUACAGUAAUCCAAGUGGUGCAUCUAUUGUUAUUUCCUUUCAUGGCAAAUUGAUUGGAUGACAUUUUAACAGAGUUAAGUGGCAUUCUAAUAGAUAAUGUAGAACACCCCAUUUGAAGUGACCUUGUAUCCUUGCUUUAUAGUAAUACCCCGAACUUACGCGAGGUUAGGUUCGAGACCCCCUCACGCAAGGGAAAGUUUUGCAUUAGUUUGGCACAGUCUCUAAAAAUGCUAAUAAAUGCUUGCUUCUAGAGUUCGAACACUAUAUGACCCUAAUCAUGGUCCCUAAGUAUAUUAAGCUGACUUUUGAAUAAAAUUAAAGUUACUGUAAUUUCAUGUAAAAGUUAGCCUAAUACAUUACCCUUAAAAAAGAAAUAACUAGUGGUGUAAAAAUAGUCACAGUAUCUACUACAUACAAAUGCAAAUUUAGUAAGUCGGUCACAACUAAGGUACACAAUUCAAUAAAAUAAAGAAAACAUGUAUGUAUGUACAUAUGUAAUCUUUGCAGAGGGUGAAGUAAAAUUCAGUCGAUCUAAGACCAUGAACUAGUGUGAGGGCUACCUAUGAAUGAGAGAGAGAGAGAGAGAGAGAGAGAGAGAGAGAGAGAGAGAGAGAGAGAGAGAGAGAGAGAGAGAGAAAUAUGUAUGUCAUGUUAGGUAAAACUGGAGGGGUAUCAUCUUUUAAAAAGUGUGAAUGGGAUCACAUCUUCUGGAAAUACAUUAACUAUGUGCUGUAAUUAUGUAACAUUGUACUAGUAGAUUGUACCAGCACUUUUCUCCAAGGUCAAGUAAUUUUCACAGAACAACAACUCUGGUAUGUCUCUUAUGUUUUACUAGGUGAUGAUCAUGGAGGUCUUAUAUAGUGACAAACACUGUGAAUUACAAAAUGCCUUUGUAUUACUUUCAAAAAAAUAAAUAGCAUACACAAAAUCUCCAUACUGAAAACUUAUACUGAAUGUAAUAUAUGUACUAGUACAUAUGUACUUCAGAAAUUAAAGUUUCUGAAGGGACAUCAGCUUUGAAAACCGUGAUAACUUUGUGAAUGGGUAUCGAAUCUUGUAAAAUUAUGUAUGAACACUAACUGUAGGUGCUGUAGUUACCUUUGUAUCAUAUUUAUGCAUGUACAAAAAAAUAAUAAAUUAUUAAUAAGGAUUUUAUACAAAAAAGGUUUAAAACUUAAAAAUAUACAUAAUGAAUUAAACAUAAACACUUUUGCUGGGGUUUACAGUGUUUUUGGAGAAUUUGCAAAUUUUUGCGCGAUUGUGAAGAAUCGCUUGUGAUAAUUAGGUUCCAAUGAAAAGUUUGCGCUAUUGUGAAAUCGCGCAAAUCGAAUUGCGUGAGUUCGGGGUAUUACUGUAAUGUUUACUUACUUGGAAGGUCUGCUAAGUAAUAUCUGAUUACUACUAGGACCUUUUGGUUACAGCCCCCACUUUUGCUCCUUUUUUGGUUUUUCUUACAUGCCCAAUGUUAGAUAUAGGAUAAUAAGUCUAACUCUAAGCUUUUGUAGGUCGGUAUAACAUUAUGGUAAAUGUCCAGGAGAAGGCCGCACCCGUUUUUCAAGUAUUAACAACGAAAAACUGCAAAAAACGACCAGAUUGGUGUUGCACAUCACAUAAAAAUAUGAGGAAAUUAAUAAAAAAGAAACUAUGACUUACUCUUACACACAAAAUGUAAGCAUAAACCUACUACUACAAUUAUGGGGGGACACACAAAAUGUAAGCAUAAACCUACUAGUACUACAAUUAUGGGGGACCCCAGUGGGAAGUGGGGUUUUUGGUUUGGGGGAGGAGGAAAAAAAAGUGAUUUUUGGAGCACUACCGAACCUAACACAACCACCUAACCUAACCUAGGGCCCCGUAACCCUACCUAGGACGGGGGGCUGACCUGCUCCUCCCCCGUGACCCCCCC